AUGGUGCGCACUUAUAAAAAAACAUUAAGCCAUUUCAGAAAUGGCAAAAAUUACGUGCCAUAUAGGCAUUACUCAGAGAAAGCCUUAGCCAGAGCAAUAGAAGAAGUAAAAAAAGGGCGGUUAACUUUGGCUAAGGCCUCCGAGCAUUUCAAAGUGCCCAUCGCCACCAUAAGCAGACGUGCUAGGGGGAGCAAUAUAUUUGAAAAACCGGGAAGACCUUCAAUAUUUUCCAAGGAAGAAGAGGAACAGUUUGUGAAAUACCUAAAUAUUGUGGCAGCUUGGGGAUUUCCCUUUGACAUAUUGGAUCUAAGACUUUUUGUGAAGAAUUACCUGGAUAAAAAAGGUGUACAAGAGGUUCGUUUGAAGGAUAACUUUCCUGGUAGAGAUUGGGCAUUAGCUUUUCUUAAACGACACGAAAAGCUCAUAUCAAACCGUCUAUCAUCCAAUAUUUCAACUAAAAGAGCUUCACUUUCACCAGAAGCUAUCGAUAAUUUUUUUGAUAAUGCCCGAGAUAAUUUAUUAGCGGUAAAUCCUAGUUUAAUGAUAAAUUAUGAUGAAACAAACCUUACCGACAACCCAGGCACUAAGAAAUAUAUUUAUAAAAGAGGAUCAAGGUACCCAGAAAGAGUGAUAAAUUCGACAAAAACAGCCAUAAGCUUAAUGUAUGCUGGUACUGCUGAUGGCCAGAUAUUACCAGUUUAUGUAGUGUAUAAAGGUGAGCAUCUUUGGGACUCAUGGACUGAGGGAGGCCCUAAAGGUGCCAGAUAUAAUAGGUCUAAAAGCGGGUGGUUCGAUUCCGCUUGUUUUCGAAAUUGGUUUUUUACUGUGGCUCUCAUUGGGGACAACUUAUCUUCUCACUUUUCCGAAGACGUCCUUAAAACGUGCGAGAAAAUGGAUAUUGCAUUUAUUUGUUUGCCAAGCAAUGCGACCCAUGUCAUGCAGCCAUUAGACGUCGCAUUUUAUUCUCCACUUAAGAAAUAUUGGCGCGAAAUUCUGACAACGUGGAAGAAAGGCCAAGGGCGAAAAAUGACUACACUCUCAAAAGAUGUAUUCCCUAGAUUGCGUGCACAGCUCCAUAACAAGAUUAAAGAGAAUGGCAAAGGAAGGCAAAAUUUAAUCUCCGGAUUUGCCAAAACUGGAUUGCACCCUCUAAAUCCUGCGCAACCAAAGGAAAGAUUACCUGCAUCGUCCACCACAGAGAGGUUCGUCUCGAUUACCCACUUCCACAUACCAUAUAUAGGAAUCUUCGACCAUCCCAGCACCCCCACUGAUAACACUAUUGCGAGCGAAGAAGGCAACCGUUUAACUUCUGCAGGUGAUCUCUUACUGGCCCGAGGCUACCGUCUAAUAACACAGCUCCACGAGGUACCACGUAAACCUAAUGAUACGGUACCGACGAAAAGAAGCACCGAGUAA